GUUAGUUUGGCGGUAAUUUUGACAGAUUUGCUACGCUGUUUGGUUUUCAGUGUACUUGAAAACUACAACGGUAGUGUCCGUAGUUUCUAGAAAUUAAUGAAUUCCGUAUGUUUUUACAUUCUUAGAUUUUUUUCAAAGACACUAUGAUAUUUGUGUUGGAAAACAAAACUUUAGAAGACGUACUUUCACAGCGGGUGUAAAAUGGCCAUUUCAACGAAUAUUACGUGGGCAUAACUUGGUGUUUAUCUUUAUUGUUUCUAAGAAUCUACUCUAAAUGCCGAAUACAUAUCCAAUCUGUUUUAAUCGGGUUUAAUCCAAACCCUAGGGAACUUCGUCACAUUUGCUUACAUAGUGAUUUCAGUGAUUGUAAUCAAUGAAACUUGCUAAAUAAUAAUUUUCAACGUUGUGCCAACGACCUUAUGUACAUCAAGUUUCGCAUAUUAUAUAUAAUACUCAGCUUGAGUUUGAUUCGUGCGUCACAAUAUAUACUAAUUUUAAACAGAUAUAUAUUACUAGAUUUUUUUGACAGUUUUGUAACAUAAAAUAAGUACUUAGUGAUAUUUUCUGUGGAAAUGUUUUGGAAUGACGUGAAGAAUGAUCAGGUUUCAAAUUUUGGAUGAAAAUUAUCUUCAGAUUUUUGGAUCGUUAAAAUCUAAGAGAUGAACUUAAAAAAAUCAGCUUAUCUGGAUUGUUAAUCCUACAAGCAGCAUUCAAGACAGUUACUACUACCACUAAGACAAUCAUUAUUAAAACUUAAUUUGAAUACAUCAAUCCUGACUAGCCAGUUGUUAAUGUAGUCUCAAAAUAGACGGUUUCCGCCGUAUGUAGCACUGCAAUUGUCUAACUGCUCGUCAAAUAAUAAUUAUCUUGAAGCAUAGGUUCUCCGUAGUGGUUGUGGUACUUAGAUACUGACGGUUAACACAAAAGCAUUACUUGAACUCGAUCGUUGCUAUCCUGAAAGUUUCCGCGACGUGUCCAACAUAUAACGAGGUAAAGACUAGCAUAAUGAAUUCCCUGGUUAAAAAGUUCCAAAGUUAAAAGUAAAGUACCAAUCCGGAAGGUUGCUAACUGGUAGUAUCUGUCGGUUAGUGAUAUGUUUGCUUCUUGGUUAGUGUUCUUAAAGUUGAGGCGGUAAGUAAAUUUAUUUAUCUACAUUUAGUCUACGAAAAUUUUGCUUAUUUAUCUGUUUUCCUCUGCUCAUGACCUACUUGUUCUUACUACCGUUGACUCUUUUACUCUUUAGCCAGUUAUAAUUUAAAUCCUUUGAUGUGAAUUUAUGGUAGUUAUUUAUUGACUAAAAACGACAUAUUAAUGGUUCCAAUCAUUAGUUCUCCGAGUCAGCUCUUCUAAGUCUGUCGACAUCUGCUUUAUUUCCGAGCUUCGGUAAAACGCAUCUUUCUAUGUUUUCUGGUUUGUUUUUGAAAUCCAGUGGAAAACAACUUAAUUCUUGUUCUCAAGUAUGAUUUGAUAAGACAAAGUUAAAUAUCCAUGGAAAUACUUCUUCAAUAACUUUAACUUUUAAUCAGCCCACUUCAUGAAUACUGCAUUGGUUAAAUGAGCGGCCUAUGCUCCUUCACGAGGAGUAACAGGCGUAAGUAAGUUAGUAAGUACAUUGGUUAAAAGUUCAUAUGUUCUGAAUAUGUGAAGCAAUAAUUUUUGGAUAAACUUAGAUGUCUUAACUAACACAUGUAUACACUUUUUUAUUGACGCUUUCUAUUUUUUGAAUUUUAGAUCUGUUUCAAAAAGGUUUGUGAUUCCUAAUUUUCUCGAAGAAAGAUAAUGUACAAUCCUGAAAAGUCGUUGUUUCACUAUUCAUUUUGCUUAUGAUUGUCUUAUGGUCUGGUUUUGGUGUUUAAUAUCUGUCCGUCGACCCAGGCCAGUUUCAUCGAACCUCCACUUGUGCUAUGCAGACGGGAAGUUGUUGCGAUGACAGCACAGGCAGUGUGGGCGGAGAUAGUGAAACAAAUACGACGGUUGCCAGUAGUCCCGGUCUUGACCUUCCUGUUACUAAGGGUUCCCCAUUAUUACCGGAACCUCCCGAACAUAUUAUUACAACUCAACUCCCAACUUAUGACAAUUUAACAUCAACUUCUAGAAAAGGAAUCUGUAAAAUGGAAAAUACCAUCAGCUCGACGUUACAAAACACAACCACCAUUAAUUCAUGUGAAUCUUCAACCCCUAAAUUUGCUAAAGCAGCUUGCGAUGCCUCUAUCUUAAACCCAUUCUCUAACCCUCCAUCUUUUGAGCCACCAAGUUUGCCUUAUUCCUAUUCAGAAAACAUUACAUCUGGUAUCCCUAAUUACCCUUUGCAAUUUGCUCCAAUUACAUCUACACCUUCUUCUUUUCCUUCUCCUGGAUCAGCUUUCACGGAACUUCAUCCAAAAAUCGGUCCAUGCAGUAAAUCUCAUUUUGUUCAACCUUCAGUAAUAUCAUCUAUGUCACCUAAGUUGAUUAAUAGAGAAGAUAUUCGUCCAAGCUACCCUACUAGUACUACUGCUCAUAACCAAAACGAGGUGUCAUCUAGUAAUCCCAAAAACUUGGUAGUAAAAAAGUAUUUGUGUCGUACAUGCGGUCAAACACAUGAUUCCAUGUCGCCUCAUAUUUAUAAUUACACACAAACGGUGGAUGCUGAUCUAUGCUGUACUCUAUGUCAACAACCCUUAGUUGAUCCAUUAGAUACCAAGUGUGGUCACACAUUUUGUUCUCCUUGCUUAAAAAAUCAUCUAGCUGUUCAAGCACUUUGUCCUGUGGACAAGCAAAUUAUCAAUUAUUUACAGUGUCAACAAGCUUCUAAUAUUGUGAAACGAUUAUUAGACAAGCUAUUAGUUGCUUGUCCCAAUUCACCUACCUGUGAUAGUAUAGUUUAUCGGUCAAAUCUUGAAGAACAUUUACGUGAAUGGUGUGUCGGUGUACAUUCAUCUAGUGCAAUAAAAUCAGCCCCUCGUAUAAUGCAACAACAUAAUCAAUUCAAAAAUGUCUUCUUAUCCACUUUCAUUGGAACUGAAUCACAUGAUUCGAAUAUGUUACAACCAAUAGUAUCUGAUUCAACAAGAUGUCUCAGGAUAAUCGAUCCACAAGAUUUUAUGAAAAAUAAUCUUUUAGCACAGGAACAACAAAAUAUAAACUACCAUAAUUCAAAUAAUGAAUCCAAUUUUAGUUUUGUUUAUCCGAAUCAAUAUAUAAAAGAAUUUCCUAAUAUUUAUCCAUCAGUUACCCGAAUAGAAAUGGAUAAACUGAAUAAAACAAACUACGAUUCAAGUCUACCAUGUGUUGACGAUUUCUCUGAUUCACCAACUGUAUAUGAAGGUGUUCCUGUCUCGAUUUUAAUUUAUCGUCCAAACGACUGUAUGGAUUUAGGUUUCACAUUUGUUGGAGGUAUUGAUACACCUCUUGCAUGCAUACUAAUUCAGGAAAUCUAUUUGGAUGGACCCGUUGCAACAGAUGGACGUCUUAGACCAGGCGAUCAGUUGUUAGAGGCGAACGGCAACUUACUGACACAUGUUACUCAUGCUGAAGCACAGACCAUUUUGACUAUUCCAUCAUCAGUAGUUCAAUUCACUGUUUUCCGUGAACCAGUUUCUUUGAAUGCACAACAUCAAUCACAACCUCAAUAUCACCAAGAAAUAUUUUACGUUAAAUUAUGCAAACGUCAAGGGAAAGUUCUCGGAAUUAAACUUGUCGGAAAAAAACAUUUACCGGGACUAUACGUACUGGAACUCGUUGCUGGUUGUGAAGCUGAUCUUGAUGGGAGAAUAAAAAAAGAUGACCGUAUAUUAGAAAUUAACGGAAUCGAUUUAGAGAAUGGGACACAAGAACAAGCUGCUCAAAUAAUUAAUUCUGUUUCGGAUUAUGUUAUUUUUAAAAUAAGCCGUCGAAAUCGAUCUGAUACACCAGAUAUUUUAAGAACUACAACAGAUUCAGAAGAGAAAUCAGAGAAUAGUUUAUUAGCUUUGGAACCAUUGCAGCUCAAUCCGAAUAAUCAACGUCAAAAUAAUAAUAAUAAUAAUCGUGAAUCAUCAAAACCAGUCCAAAAUUUUGCAUGGCCAAGCAUGGAAGACCGAGACGUAAAUCUAUCUGACACUACUUCUCAUUCAACUACAGAAUUAAUUCAUUCUUCAAAUGAACAGAAAUUAGCCUGCUUCAAUCUGUCAUCAUCAACGACAACUGACGAGAAUCAUCGACCGGAAAGAGUGAAUCAGACUUGUAACGAGUUGACAAAUCGUUCUAAUCCUGUAGAUUCAGCUACUUCAAAUAGUCCGCAUAGUCGAAACAGUGAUAAACAAUUGACUUCCUCAUCAGCUGAUUCAUCAUGUCACGAAAGGACUAUUGUUGUGAAUAAAAGUUCAGAAGAACCCUUGGGUAUAUCGAUCGCUGGAGGACGUCAUUCACAGCGUGGAGAUACACCCAUCUAUGUAACGAAUAUUAGUGCUGAGUGUGUUCUGGGUCGAUCAAAGUCGAUUCAAAGAGGUGAUAUUCUGUUAGAAGUAAAUGGUAUAGGUUUAGUUGGGCUAACUCAUCAUGAAGCUGUGGAAGUUCUUAGAAGAAUUAGUUCAAUACAAACGCAUAUACAACUACGUGUGAUUACGGCUCCUGAGACAAGUGAUGGUCCGGAGAAUUUCAUGCCAUCAUGGACAUAUUGGCUUCGAUUACCUCCAGUAUGUCAACUUGCUCGAGUUAUACUUCUUCGACGACAAGCUAGCACUCCUAGCUAUAGUGAUUGUCCUAUCUCUCAACCACUUGGUUUCAGUAUUGUUGGCGGCCUAGGUCAUGAUCAAAGUACAACAAGUCAAGCUAAUUCAAAUAAUUCAGAUGAAAAACUGAGUAAAUCAUCUCCAAAAGUAUCCUCUAAAGUGGGUUACUCAAAUCUAUAUCCCUCACCUAUUGUGAUAAAAUCUAUAGUUCCUGGUCUUCUAGCUCACAAAGACGGUCGAUUAAAAUGCGGUGAUAUAAUCUUAGCUGUGAAUAACAUAUCCAUGCUUAAUAUUCGCCAUUCAUCUGCAGUUCGUUUAUUGAAACAAGCAUCAGGAGAUGUUGUUUUACAAGUGAUUUCUUGGCCUGGUACAAUUGUUUAAAUUAUUAUUUUAUUCUAAUUAAUGAAGGUUUUUCAUAGUCUUAUGAAUUUCGUAUUAAAGAAAUAAUUGGCAAAAUACUAAUUCAUUCAUUGGACAGUACUCUAUAAUCAAAGAAAAUACAACUGAAUUUUUAUUAGUAUCAUGCAUUAUUAUUAUUAUCAUUAUUAUUACGAUCAUUAUUACAAAUUAAGAUUAUAUAUGUUAAUUUUGUUAAGUUGCACAUUUGCCAAUCAUCAUGCAUUUUGAUUUUGGUAUUUGUCUGUGGUGUUACUGUGUGUGUGUGUGUGUGUUUGUCUCAUGGCCCACUCUCACCCCAAAUACAUGUUGCUUUCCAACUUUUUUUUCAUUUCACGCAUAUAAACACCUCAGUUUAUACAUAGUUGUCUAUAAUCUCUAACUUAAAUCAAUAAUAUGACAUCCGGUGAUAUAUAACACAACACAUCUGUGUAUUUCGUUUUUUUUCCUUUCCAUCAGACGUUUUUCAUCUCUUUCCGUAAAUAUUGAUGUGUGUGUGUUUAAUAAACCUUUUGUAUCUUUCCUUAAUUUCCCUUAAAAUUUACUGAUUGUUGAAAAAAAUAUGUCUUCCAGUACACUAUCAUAGUUGAUGUGUGUAUAUGUUUUGUGUUUAUUCUCCUGUUGUAUUGUAAUUUCUUUCAUUUCAAGUGUUUUAUCCAAUCUUCUCAGUAUUCAUAUGAUGAUUGUUAAUAAACUAGCGUUAGUAUUAUACUCAGAUUCAUUUUUCAAACUACUGAUAUUCAAUAAAAUACUACUUAUAAAAAAGUAUAAAUAAUUGAAUAUAUGCACCUACUUAAACAUACAUAACAUAUUGGAUUGUCAGACAAAUAAAGAUUUCACCAGAAAAUUCAGAUAGUAAUGAUAAGCAUUUUUCUCCUAAUUCUUGCUCUCUCUCUUUCUCCCUCUUUCUUGUGUUGUUAAAACAUAUUCUUGAUAAAUUAUUAUUAGCAGAGGAAAUCAUAUUUUAUUGUGUUUAUUCUGCUCUAUACUUUAGCUUACUUCCCUAUUUCAUUACUACUUAAUAUUAUUACUGUUACAAAAAAUAAUAAAGAAUUGACUUUGUAAGUUAUUAAUUUAUAUUCAUACUGUGAAUUUUAAAUAAAUUAAUUUCAUUG